ACUUCAAUGUUUAUUGGUUAUGUGUUAUUGUUAUAAAUAUUGAAAUAGAAGUUUAAGAAAAGGUUUAAAACGACAAUAGAGGUUCGGAAAACGGUUUAAAACACAAUAAAAUGGGAGAUUUAGUUGAUAAAUCGAUAAAUCAGAUAGAAAUUGAGAGACCAUUAUCGCCUAUAUUACAUUCAGUUGAAAAAAGGAAAGGUUUUAGUGGUAAAAGUCGAAGACUAAGUCGUACGAAUAAAUUGUUUAAUAUUAAUAAAAACGAAGCAGUUGGAGAAGAUAAACGCAGUGAGAUGUUGAAUGAUUUAAAGGAGGAUAGUUUUAGUGUGGAUACAAUUGAAGAUGAAGAUUUAAUAGCUUGUUUAAAUAGAUUAGAAGAAGUUGAAUUCAAUAGGGAAAUUGUCUAUAAAAGUUUAGUUGCUAGUGAUAGUGAUACGUGUUUUAAAAAACCGAAUUCUCCUGCUCCUAAAACGCCCAAGAGAACGAAAAAUGGUGUAAAACAAGAACCGGUAAGUCUUGAAAUUGAUAAUAUAAGAAAACAAAUUUCUAAGACGAAUUUUCGUACUGCAAGUGAUAAAAAUAUCGAAAUAAACUUGGAGAUGGUAGAAAAACAUUCGAAACUUUUCGAUGAUAUACUCAAUUGUAGUCAAAAUGAGAUUAGUAGGGAAAAUAAGUUCAAUUUUUUAAAGAAAACGCAGUACCAUGGUUUUAAGGGUUUUGAUUGCCAAGAUUUUGAUAAAUCUGAACGUAUAAAAAAUAAAUUUUGUAAUAGCGUUUUAAUUAGAAAAAAUAAAAUCGAUUCGGUGACAAAAAUGAACGAUUCCGUUAAUUUUUUACGAGGGGCAGUUGAAAAUAUCGAUAAAUUCGAUACAAAACGUGUUUCUGUUAAACAAAAAUCGAGUUUUUCGGAUUCGGGUACUAAUAAGAGGAUUAAAAUGGAUUUAAGUCAAUUUUCCGAUGAAAAAAUGGCAUUAAAAACGGAUUAUUCGAUUGAAAAUCGAAAUAUCGAACAUAAUACGAUAAAUAUCGAACCGCCUCGACAUUUCGUACGUAAAAAAGAAGAUUUGUUACCCGUAUCGAAGAAAAGUAAUGGCGUUAAGGAAAAAUUGAAAUAUUUCGACGAUUUAAUAGGCGAUAAUGAUGAUUUUAUUCGUGAAUCGGUUUCGAACGCUUCGAAUUUUAGAAAAAAAUUAAAUUUUUCCGAUAAUUUAUUAAAAAAAAACGAUUUUACAUUGGGAACGUUCGCCAGCGCUUCAGGGAAAUCGUUACAACAGUCUAAUUUGGCUUUAAAUAGAAGCAAUAGUAUUUUCGAUGAAGAAAAAACCGGUUUACCAACCCACGGGCAAUUUUCGAACCAUCCCGGUAUCAAAUUCACCGAGAUUACAACCCCAAGAACGUAUUCGAACGAUCCCGUUAUGAAGAACGACGAAAAAACCGGUUUUACGACCCCUGGGAAGUUUUCGAACGACCCCGGUAUUAAUAACAACGAAAAAACCGAUUUUUCAUUGGGAACGUUCACCAGCGCUUCCGGAAAAUCAUUACAACUGUCAAAUUGGGCUUUAAACAGAGCCAAUAGCAUUUUCGAUGAUAUUCUUCAAGAAAAAACCGGUUUUGGGAAGUUAUCGAACGACCCCGGUAUCAAAAAUAAGGAAAACACCGAUUUUACAACGCCAGGAACGUUUUCGAACGACCCCAGCAUGAAGAACGACGAAAAAAAUGGUUUCACAACUCCCGAGAAGUUUUCGAACGACCCCGGUAUAAAAAUCAACGGAAAAGACGAUUUUUCAUUGGGAACGUUCACUAGCGCUUCCGGAAAAUCAUUACAACCGUCAAAUUGGGCUUUAAACAGAGCCAAUAGCAUUUUCGAUGAUAUUCUUCAAGAAAAAACCGGUUUUGGGAAGUUAUCGAACGAUCCCUUUAUCAAAAAUAACGAUAAAACCGAUUUCACAACCCGAGGAAAGUCUUCGAAUCUCCCUGGUAUAAAUAAAAACGAAAAAACCGCUUUUACUACUCCGUGGAAGUAUUCGAACGCCACCGGUAUAAAAAAAACGGAUUUUACAACACCAAGGAAGUAUUCGAACGACCCCGGUAUAAAUAUAAAUGGGAAUAAUGAUUUUACGACUCCCGGGAAAUGUUCGAACGACUAUAAAACUUUAGUGAAUUAUUCGAACGGCCCCGGUAUAACGAAAACUAAAAGAAAACUCGGUAUAUCGUGUUUAAAACAAAUACCGAUAGAAAAUAACAAAUUGAGAAAAGCCAGUUUGAUUUUCGACGAAGAUCUCGUUGGAAUUUCCCCGAUUAAACCAAUAAUUAAAAAUCAUUCCACCCCUGUACGUUUACCCGAAACAACUACUACCGAACCGAUUAGUAAUCGAAAAGAAAAAUCGAUCAAUUCGAACGAUUUACCCAACGAAAUAACAUUCGACUCGAUGGAAACGAUGACUGAUUACGAAGACGAAGUUAGACGUUUAGAAGUGAGGUUAUGUAUUGCGAAAACGAGAAAGGACGCGAUGGAUUUUUCGAAAAAAGAAAAACUAGACUGUGAUAAAAAACCGAUCGAGGGUGUAUUAUAUCGAGCUAAAAAAAUAGCGAACAGAAAAUGUUUAAACUCGUACGUGAAUAACGAAAAACCGGGUGAUGAAAUCGAUGAUAGAUUAUCGUGUAUAACUCCCCAGAAUGCCGUAAAUAUCCAUUUCAAACAUUUCGAAGCUAUAGCUCGUACUAGCGAUGGGGCUGUAAUUGUACCUAAUAAUAAAGAUUUGAUUGGUUUAUAUGAAAUAGAAAUCGGUUUCAAAGCCAUGCCUGGUGUAGAUCCUCGUUUAUUACGUAAAAAUUGGGUUCGAAAUCACUACAAAUGGAUAAUUUGGAAAUUGGCUAGUUACGAACGAAAUUUUCCACGAUAUUUCGAAAGAUCGUUAACAAUCGAUCAAGUUAUACAGCAAUUGAAAUACAGGUACGAUCGAGAAAUCGAUAAAGCGGAAAGGUCGGUUAUAAGGCGGAUAUUGGAGAAGGAUGACGCGCCUCAAAAACGAAUGAUUUUGUGCGUUUCCGGUAUAAAUCGAUUGGGGUUUAACGUAUUCGAUUUGGAAUUAACGGACGGUUGGUACGGUGUAAAAACCGUCGUAGACGAACCGUUGUGUUACCAGAUUUCGAAUAAAAAUAUAAAAGUGGGGUGUAAAUUGUUAAUUUGCGGGGCGGAAUUGAUUAAUUGCGAGGGGUGCCAUCCUUUGGAGGUAACGGAAUCGACGUAUUUAAAAAUAAAUUUUAAUAAUACGAGGAGAGCCGUUUGGCAUUCUCGUUUGGGUUAUCAAAAAAAUCCGAGUCCGAUUCCGAUAUCGAUACGUUCCAUCCACCAUGCCGGGGGUGCGGUGGCUAGAAUCGAUAUAUGCAUAGCCAGAUGUUACCCCUUUCGUUAUUUGGAUAAAACCGGCUCGAAAUCGACGUGGCUCAACGAAAGAGCCGAGGAGAGGCGAGCCCGACAAUUGGAUAUCGAAAAAUACAAACAAUUUGAACGAUUCGAACGAAAAUUGGAUACGGGGGGAGGAGAAAACGACGAAAAAAUGAGAGAAGAAAUGGAAAAAUUGAAAUUUUCUCGUAGGGAAUCGCAUCCGGUAAAGAAAUUGCUCGUCGUGGAUUUGAACGGUAGCCCGAUGGAGGCUUUUAAUCUGUUCGUUUGGAAACCGGACGAGGAUCUCGUACAAUCGUUGAAGGAAAAUUCCUGUGCGAGCGUUUUCAACGUUUACCCGAAAACGAACGGCGAUUUACAUACCGGCAUUAAAACGAUGUUCGAAACGAAAUCGAACGCGUACAAUCGAUUAGACGAUAGAUUUAAAAGAAAAUUAAUCCGAAUAAUCGAUUUAAACGAUUCGAAAUUCUCGAAUUAUUUCAACGAAUUCGAUACCGUAGGCGUAGUCGUUCGAAUACGAAUCGAUAGUAACGAACAAGAAAUAUGGUUGAGCGAUUAUACCGGGAGGUUGUUGUUGAUAAGGGUAUCGGAGGGACCGGAAACGUGUCUGCUGUUGGAUAAUUUGAAAAGGGGGCAGGUCGUUUCCGUUGCUAAUUUGAUUUAUAAAGGUUUUUUGGAAAAAUUCGAAUUGAUCAAAGCGGUUGCUAAUCAUUUUACGAUGUUUUCUUCCAACCCCAAAUCGGGGCACCUUCGGGAGGGUUUGGAGGAUCUCGGAAAGGAUUUGCCGGUGGAUUUGGAGGGUUUGUUGAGAGGCUGUGAUAGAGAAAUUGGAUUUUUUCAAUCUAAAGCGAAUGGGGUUAACGAUAGCGACGAAGAUUCGACUUUUAUUUCGUCUAGAAUCACCAGUACCGAUAUAGCUCUGUCUUUAAUAGAUCUGGAUAAAUUUAUUUGAUUUGUUAUUUUGCAUAUUCCGAAAAAAAAAUAAAUAUUCAUGCGUUAUUA